AUGGAAGGCUCCAAUGGCUUUGGGAUCGACUCCAUUCUCUCCCACCGUGUGGCCAGCCCCGCCCUUCCCAAGGGGGACCCCUUGCUUGGGGACUGCCGCUCGCCCCUGGAGCUGAGUCCGCGCUCGGAGAGCAGCAGCGACUGCUCUUCACCAGCCUCACCAGGAAGGGACUGUCUGGAGACGGGCACCCCGCGGCCUGGCGGGGCAUCAGGCCCAGGUUUGGACUCUCACCUGCAGCCUGGGCAGCUCUCGGCCCCAGCCCAGUCGCGCACCGUGACCUCCUCCUUUCUGAUCAGGGACAUCCUUGCCGACUGCAAACCACUAGCGGCCUGUGCACCCUACUCUAGCAGCGGGCAGCCGGCCGCCCCUGAGCCUGGGGGCCGUCUUGUGGCCAAGGCUGGGGAGGACUUUAGAGACAAGCUGGACAAAAGUGGCAGCAACGCCUCAUCGGACUCUGAGUAUAAAGUGAAGGAGGAGGGCGACCGCGAGAUCUCCAGCUCCCGGGACAGCCCCCCUGUGCGCCUGAAGAAGCCGCGCAAGGCCCGCACGGCCUUCACCGACCAUCAGCUGGCGCAGCUGGAGCGCAGCUUCGAGAGGCAGAAAUACCUGAGCGUGCAGGACCGCAUGGAGCUCGCCGCUUCGCUCAACCUCACCGACACGCAGGUCAAGACCUGGUACCAGAACCGCAGGACUAAAUGGAAGCGACAGACGGCAGUCGGGUUGGAGCUGCUGGCGGAGGCGGGCAAUUACUCAGCGCUCCAGCGGAUGUUCCCGUCGCCUUAUUUCUACCCGCAGAGUCUAGUUUCCAACCUGGAUCCCGGCGCCGCCCUGUAUCUGUACCGCGGGCCCAGCGCGCCGCCGCCCGCCCUGCAGAGACCUCUGGUGCCCCGCAUCCUCAUCCACGGACUCCAGGGCGCCAGCGAGCCGCCCCCGCCGCUGCCCCCGCUGGCCGGCGUCCUCCCGCGCGCCGCUCAGCCUCGGUGAAGCGCCCGCCCGCCUCCCCGGGGCUCUGCGUGGGCCCCUGCCGCCUGCCGAACCCCGGGCGCGGGGUUUCCACGCCCCUUCCCCGGGGGCCCCCUGGCCGGCCCUCCCCGGAGUCCCCCGAAGGGCCAGAUGCCAAGUCUGCUGCGGCC